AUGGCCAUCCCACCCUCCUCCAUCGAAUCCCUCCGCGCCUCCCUCACCUCCUCGCUCAUCUUCACCCCAGGCGAUGAGGGGUACCCCGAGAGCCUGCGGAGAUGGUCCGACACCGGCCGGAAGCAAGCCGGAAUCGUAAUCCAACCAACAACCGAAUCCGACAUCGUCACCGCCCUGAAUUGGUCCCAGUCCCAACAAACCCCAAUCGACCUCGCCAUCAAAUGCGGCGGCCACUCUGUGUCUGGAACAUCGUCCUCUUCGGGGGGUCUGGUAAUCGACCUGUCGCGUCUGAACACCGUCUCCGUCGACCCCUCGUCGCAAACAAUCACAGUAGCCGGCGGCGCAGUCUGGCGCGACGUCGACGAGACAGCCGCUAAAUACGGCCUCGCCGCAGUCGGCGGCACAGUCAACCACACAGGCGUGGGCGGAUUGACGCUGGGCGGCGGAUACGGGUGGCUUAGCGGGCAGUACGGGCUCACAAUCGACAAUCUGCUCAGCGCGCGGGUGGUCCUGGGCAAUGGGGAGAUCGUCACCGCGUCAGAGAGAGAAAACCCAGACUUGUUUUGGGCGCUCCGUGGCGCCGGAUAUAACUUUGGCAUUGUGACGGAGUUUACCUUCCAGGGCUAUGAGCAGAAGGACCCCGUGUAUGCGGGGAUCCUGGCGUACACGCCGGACAAGGUUGAGCGGGUCAUUGAGAUUCUGAAUGGGUUGUUACUCGACAAGCCGGACCCGCGCUCUGGGGCGAUUGCGAUCUUCGCGAGGCCGCCGGGCGCACCGGUUCCUAUGGUUAAUGUGUUGGUUUUCUACAACGGGACGCAAGAAGAAGGAGAAGCGCGAUUCGCUGAGUUAUUGGCCCUCGAGCACGUCGCAAACACUAUCUCCAUGAUCCCAUACUCCCAGAUGAACAGCCUCCAAAACCCGAUGGCCACAUACGGCGACCGCAAGAGUUUCAAGGGCGUGUUCUUCAACCCGCCCCUAUCACCCUCGUUCGCGGGGACAAUGCUGGCUGAGUUCACGGAGAAGGUACAGAGUGACGCGGAUCUAGGCGCGAGUGGAAUGAUAUUGGAGUUCUACGAUAUGGGGAAGACGGUCUCUGUGCCGAGGGAUGCAACGGCGUUUGCGAGUCGCGGCACAACGCAGAAUGGGAUUAUUACGUUACGGUGGUCGGAUGCUUCUAAGGAUUUGGAGCAUCGGGCUUGGGCGCGGGAUGUGCAGGAACGGUGGAAGGGGUUGCUUGAGGGGGAGGGGGGGGAGAAUCUUGAUGUUAGGGGGGAGGCCGGGGUGCCGCAGUAUAUCAACUAUGCGGAGCCUGGCGACGCAGUCGUGGGCAACAUCUACGGCUCGAACCUGCCGCGACUGAAGGAGCUGAAGAGGAAGUUCGAUCCGACGAAUGUGUUCCGCAAGAUGCAUCCGAUCCCGCUUGAUUAA